UGUAAACAUCCCCGCUCGAUUAGGAGGAGACGCUCAUCACUGGUUUAGUACCUAUGUAUGGGUAGAUCUUCAAACCUUUGAACGAGACUUUCUGAAUCGAUUUGAUUACGUUCACCCAGAGCAAGCGCUUUACAUGAUCAAGGAUCGGGUGCAAAAACCUCUCGAAUCCGUCGCAGAGUAUCGAAACCGGUUCUACCGAAUGUUUGUGAAAACUGAGCGAGGAGAGCAAGUAGGGAGAGAUCUGUUCAUAGACGGACUCCGCAGCCGAACAAUAAGGGCGAAGCUGCGAAAGCAGUUUUCCCCCAUCAAUCACACGCUACAGCAGAUCAUGGCCGCCGCAGAAGAAAUGGAACGGAAGUUCGCGGCGAACAUCCUGGAAGGAGAAGACUACUCUAGGGAAGGAGAUUCGUCUGAACUCGUAAGAGCCAGAGCUGAACUAGCUGCGCUGCAAAACAAAUUUGAAAACAUGGGGUUUGUGUCAGGUCCUGUCACCUACAUGGAACAGAUAGCCCCUAAACGACCAGUUCCAAGUGAGAUCCCGAGUGUCUCUGUCCCUGUAAUGCCAACGCCUGUAAGAACGGCACCCCCACCCCUAGUUGAGACUCCCGUACGAUCGAAUGAAUCAACUGCCAUACUCGAGCUGACCAAAACCUUGGUGACGUGGGCACAGGACGAAGAUCAUCGCGCCUGGAGCGAACGAUUGGAGUGGCUGAUCAUUCAAGCGUGGAGGACGGACGAGGACGGCGACUUGCUCAGAUUCCUUUUUGGCUCAGUACGUCCCAGCCGUCGCCGACCGAUCGUCCUAGAACUUACGAUCCCCCUCGCGCAACUCGCGGACGAUCUCCCCUUGGACAUCAUCUCGCAAAGUGACGCGAGCCCAGUUCCUCACGUCCUUGCACGGAGCCUGACACCGUACCUCCAAUGGUCUGCGUGUCUGGAGGAACCAGGGAAUGACCGCCAGCUGCCGUCGCGGCAAGCGUAUCUGAAUCCGGGAGGAAUUAUCAAUCCUUCCUUCCACGAUCGGGCAGCCGCCGAGGACGAAGCGCUAGCAGCAGAAGAGGAAGCAGAAGAGGAGGAAGAAGAACAGCCCGACAGCGGAACUGAGACAGAAGCAGACGACGAAGAAGAAGAAGAGUCGGAAUACGAAGGAUUUGAGGAAGAGGUGCGUGACGAGGCUCGGGCGCGGAAGAAGGAAGAAAUCGCGGUCGGAAAAAGACAACUGGAGUUGGCCAGCGCAGCCGGCCAACCGCAAGCCGACGACCGGGCCAGAGAUCCGGAGCUACCAAAGCCCGAAGAUGGAACGACAGCAUGCGAGACUUCGGCCCCACCAGCAAGACGGCGACGAAGCCAAUCCCCCUCCCCCUCCGCCUCAAACCGUCCACCAAUUCGUCAACGUACCGAUGCGGGGCAUCGGGAUUCGUCCCCGUUCGUUAUCCCGCCGUCCCCUUGAUCAUCUCACUCUCCGCCAAGCCACUACCCGUGUCGUCUUCCCUCGCAACCCCUUCCCCUUUGAUACUUUUCAUUUCUUUU